ACCGCUUGCCCGUGGUAAUUGGAUGGACAAAUAGACAGGCUCCCUUUGAAAUCUGCAGCACGGGGUACCUCCUUGGCUGGAGAUGUGGCUGUGGUACAAGAGGAUCUGGGCUGUAUGUGAGCAGACCCGGCUGCUUGUUGACCAGGUGCUCUCCGCCUCCUGCAGUCUGAAGAUUCUGUGAAAUCCGUGCUCAUCAAGUCUAACUGGAUCGAUCUCAGAGGGAUGUCCUAGAUGUACCACAUUAGAAUGGUGCGGCUAUCAGAGACUUUGUGAAUUAUGGAGGAGGCCCUUAGAUAGUCCAUUUAUAAGAUUGGAAAUAACUGUGAUAAAGUCAUCCGUCUGGAUAUGGAGGUCUUUUGAGAGAGGAUAUUCAGCCUUGGUAAACUGAUUUGCGGAUUUGCAUGGGGUAAAUGCAGAGCCAAAAAUAAACUUCUGAAAUUGAAUCUCAGCAUAAGAACGAUGGCUCCUCAGCUGUAUAUACAUGCUUUCAAUAUCUCUGCAGUAGAGAAUAGGAGAUUAUGUAUAAAUGGAACACCAUGGAUUUGGCAUCUCCUGGAAGAAUGUGUUGAGAAUGCGGGGGAGUACUGGAGCGUUGUCCUAGGACUCAUUUCCAUUGUCUGUUUUCUGUUUGCUGCACUACCUCAACUUUAUGUUGCCUAUCAAAAUGGAAAAGUGGACCAAGCACUAUCUUUGGGCUUUUUGCUAUGUUGGAUAGGUGGAGACCUUACAAAUUUCAUAGGCUGCUAUUUAACAAAUCAACUUCCCAUUCAGAUUGUCACUGCCAUCUUUUAUGUCAACAUGGACAUAAUUAUGCUCUCACAAUUUGUCUACUAUAAACUGAAGAAUCAGAAGAUGACAAAAUGCAGCAUACACCUGAAGAAUUUCUGUGUGACCUGGGUCUUGAUCUGUAUAACGUUGUGUGCAAUUUUACCCAGUCAGCUUCUCCUAAGAAACCAAUUUCAUAGUAUUCUGCUGGAAGAAGGGAAGGACCCACUUGGUAUGAUCAAACUGUCAGGAUUUGUUUGUGGCUAUAUAUCUUGUGUGUUUUAUCUGGGAUCUAGAUUUCCUCAACUGUAUAAAAACUUCCAAAGACAGUCUACAGAAGGCACAUCUUAUCUGCUGUUCGCAUUAGCCAUGAUGGGAAACUGGACUUAUGGACUAAGCCUUGUUUUAAAAGUGCCUGCUGCAAAAUCUCUCAGGAACCUCUAUCUUUUACACCAUCUUCCCUGGCUCAUUGGGAGCUUUGGAGUUCUGUUUCUAGACAUUUUUAUAACAGCACAAUUUGUCAUAUAUCGCAAACAGAACAAGAGAAGAUUCAGUUUAGUGGCAAUGGAAGUGAAACCAUUACUUGUGGAUGAAGAGGAUUCACAAAACAUCUGACUCUUGUUGUUUUUGCUACCAUUUACACCUUGAGCUUGAACACUUUUCACAGAAUAAAAUCUGUUUAGAGACAAA